CCCUGCCAAAAUCUCCGUGUAUGUGUAAGUACAGUCAGAAUGCGAGAACAGGGAGAUGUCUAAUGCGACUCCACUAAAUGGAAAAGCCGACGGCGUCGGACAGAGGAAAGAGGACGAGCGCAGUGUGUGUGAGAGCCAGGAGAGAGGGAAGGGCGAGCUGAGAGAUGACCUGAUCCGAAACUCCCAGCACAUCUUGUCCAAUAAAGACCAGAUGCUCGGGAUGCCCCAGUUCGGCCUGCGGGAUAACCUCAUCAAAUGUGAGCUCCUGAAGAACGAGGACGCCUACACAUACAUCCAGAACUACAGCUUCUUCGUGGGAACGUACAACGUGAACGGCCAGAAUCCGAAGGAAAGUCUCAGUCCAUGGCUGGCGUCCUCCGCCACCGCUCCUGACUUCUACCUCUUGGGUUUCCAGGAGCUGGAUCUCAGUAAGGAGGCGUUUCUCUUCAAUGAUACUCCUAAAGAGCCCGAGUGGAUGCUAGCCGUCUACAAGAGCCUCCAUCCAGAUGCCAAGUAUGCUUUAGUGAAGCUGGUGCGUUUGGUGGGAAUCAUGCUGUUGUUCUACGUGAAGGCGGAGCAUGCGGCGCACAUCUCCGAGAUGGAGGCCGAGACCGUCGGCACAGGCGUCAUGGGGCGCAUGGGAAAUAAAGGUGCAGUAGCCAUCCGCUUCCAGUUUCACAACUCAGACAUCUGUGUGGUGAACUCCCACCUCGCCGCGCACACCGAAGAGUUCGAGCGACGCAACCAGGACUUUAAGGACAUUUGCCGCAGGAUUCAGUUCCGGCAGGAGGACCCCACGCUGCCCCCCCUCACCAUCAUGAAACACAGUGUUGUGUUAUGGCUGGGAGAUCUAAACUAUCGCUUAAGUGACCUUGAAGUCGAUCAUGUGAAGGAAUUAAUAGCUAAAAAGGAGUUUGAGACCCUGUGUAAUCAUGACCAGCUGAAGCGGCAGAUGGAUGAGGAGGUUGUGUUUGUGGGAUUCACGGAGGGAGAGAUUAAUUUCCAACCCACAUACAAGUACGACACUGGCUCAGAUCAGUGGGACACAAGUGAGAAGUGUCGAGUUCCUGCGUGGUGUGACCGCAUCCUGUGGAGGGGGAAGGACAUUAAACAGCUUAAUUACCAGAGUCACAUGACCCUGAAGACCAGUGACCACAAACCCGUCAGCUCUCUGCUGGAGAUAGGGAUCAAGCUUGUGAACGACGAGUCCUACAAACGGACGUUCGAGGAGAUCGUGAGGCGCAUCGACCGCCUGGAGAACGAUUGCAUUCCUUCAGUGACGCUGUCUCAGACCGAGUUCCACUUCGAGCACGUGAAGUUCAUGCAGCAUCAGGCCCAGACCGUGAGCGUCCACAACGACGGCCAGGUGCCGUGUCAGUUCGAGUUCAUUCAGAAGCUGGACGAGCUGUUCUACUGCAAGCCCUGGCUAACAGCAAACCCGUGUAAAGGCUUCCUGGCCCAGGGUGGCAGUGUGGACAUCGAUCUGGAGGUGUUUGUGAACCGCUCUAUGGCCCCGGAGCUGAACUCAGGCCAGCAGCAGCUCGAGGAUAUUCUGGUCCUGCACCUGGAGAGGGGGAAAGAUUACUUCAUCUCCGUCACGGGCUCGUACCUGCCCAGCUGCUUCGGCUCGUCUCUCGCCACACUGUGUCUGCUGAGGGAACCCAUCCAGGAGAUGCCGCUCGACACCGUCAGAGAGCUGAGUAUGAAGUCAAAAAGCCAGGCGAGUGACCCAGAGACGGAUAAACCUCAAGAAAUCCCCAAGGAAUUAUGGAUGAUGGUGGACCAUCUCUUCCGUUAUGCAAAAAAACAGGAAGACCUGUUUCAGCAGCCCGGCCUGCGCAGUGAGUUCGAGGAGAUUCGGGAUUGUUUGGACACGGGCAGCUUGGACACUCUCCCGGGCAGUAAUCACUCCGUGGCCGAAGCCCUGCUCCUGUUCCUCGAUGCGCUUCCCGAACCCGUUCUUCCCUUCUCCUUCUACCGGCAGUGCCUGGACAUCAGCGGCGACAGCAGCCAGAGCAGACAGAUCAUUUCCAUUCUACCUCAGUGCCAUAGAAAUGUGUUUAACUAUGUGACGGCCUUCCUCCAAGAGCUGCUGAAACACUCGGCACACAAUCGGCUGGACGCCGCUAUUCUCGGCCCGAUCUUCGCUGGCCUUUUGCUCCGGUCGCCCACAAAGCAAGAUCUCACAGAGAAAAGGAAGGUGAAGGAGUUUUUCCAGCACUUCUUGGUCCAGACGCCCUCUGACAGAGACAUUCAUGAUAAAUCACCCCAAUAACCGACUCCUUUCCUUGUUUCACAUGCCUAGUUUUUUCCAGGUAUCAGCAGAAUUAUGUCCAUAAAUUUUGUAGUUGCCAUUUAAUUCAAAGCAUUUUAAACCGUUAUUGAAACUAAUUGGUUUUAUUACAAAUCAGAUGGGAGUUUUUAUUUGGAAAAUAAUGGUUAUUUAAUGAAAUAUAUUUGUAUUUUCAAUGUUUGUAAAUACAAAACAGCUGUUAUUUUAUAUUAAAUCUAAACAAUCAUAA